UUAUUUUUAACUCAUCGCUAUAGCAAGCGCGAAGUAGUGCAAAAGAUACUAUAAAUUUAUUCGUAAAUUAAUAAGUUUUUACUUGUUUUUUUAUUAAAUAAUCUAUUGAAAAUUUAAUUUUAUUAAUUAAUAAAUUAGCUUAAUAAUUUAAUGAUGUUUAUGGAUUUCGUUAAGUGUUCGAAAUAUAAAUCCAUAAAGAGUCAUUGCAGCGAAAAGAAUGGCGAAAAGAAUGAAUCGUCAAUGAAUAGCGAUAAUGAAAGUAAUGAUUUUCAUAAUAAAAAUUGCAUGUUUCUUGAGGAAAGAAAUAAUCUUCAAAAUACUAAUUCCGUUAAUGUAAAAUCAUAUUCUGUUAAAAAUAAAUGUUAUGAUAAUUAUUCAAAACUGCAUUUAUCAUGGACAAAUAAAACAAAUUCUGUACAACAAUUUUUUGAAUUACCUUAUGAUAUGAAGAUUCAAGUAAGUGAUCAAGAUACACAAGAUAAAAUUUUUUCUUCCCUGGAGGAAGAUAAAGAUUUUCAAUGUCCUAGAUGUAAUCAAAAUAUGCAAGAACCUAGAUUACUUCCUUGCUUGCAUCCUAUAUGUUCAUCAUGUGUUUCAGAAUUAAUGAAUAUAUCAUUUCCUAAAUUUUCAAAAGAUAUUACAAUCCAAAAUUUUCAAUUGAAAACCAAUGAAAAUAAUUAUUAUGAAACUUGUCCUUUGUGUGAUUUUCAAUUACCAAAUGUUAAUUCGGCAAUUCCACCUCCACAUUAUCUCCUUCAACAUCGUUUAAUAAUGAAUACUUUUCAUUCUAAAUUUGCAAAUAAAAUACUUUGUGAUAUUUGCAAAGAUGAAAUUGUUGCAAUGGUUCAGUGUUCCACAUGUCUUCACAAUUUUUGUUUAGAUUGUGGUAUAGAACAUCAACAACAAAUUACAAUGGAAUUAAAACCAUUAAAACAUUCAUUAAGACCAUUAUGGGAAGCUACAAAAAUACGACGUACUGUACUUUGUCAGGAACAUCCUACACAUGCCUUACAUUUUUAUUGUAUUGCAUGUCAACAGGUAUCCUGUAAAGAAUGCAUAUGGAGCAAUCAACACAGAGGUCAUGCAAGUGAAAAUGCUAUUGAAGCUGCAAAACAAGUUAUUUGGUAUUUAAGAAAAAUGCUUCAAAAAGCAAAAAUACUUUUAAAUAUGCUCUUAACUCAAUAUGAUCGAGAUGCAUUUUUAAAUACUUCUGAAGAAAUAAAGAAUAUUUUCAUUUCAAUGAAUUAUAGGUAUAUCAAAUAUAAUAAUUUUUUUCUUAUUAUUUAUUAGAUAAAAUAAUGUAUUAAGAAAUAUACAUAAUACGCAAAGAUUAUAAAUAUUUUAAAAUUAAAUGUAUAUCAUAAUAGGAAAAUUUUACAUGUAUAUACAUUAAAACAUGUAUAUAGAUAAUAUAAAUUGUCAUGUGAUGAUUAUUGUAAAAAAACCAAAAAAUUUAAUCGAAAAUAUUUUGAAACUGUCAUUUGAGGUACAAUUUAAUAGAAUACUGUAAGAUAUUUUAGUAUAUUAUAAAUAUAUUAUAAGAUAUUAUAAUUUAUAUUAUAUUUAUAUUAUAGAUAUAAAUAUAAAUAUAGAAAACUAUAAUGAAAAUAAUAAUAUCAUUGUAUAGUUUUAUAUUAUAUUUAUAUAUUAUAUGUAAAUACUUAUUCAUAAAAAUAAUAAAAUAUUCUAAUCUGAAAAAAUAUAUUCAAAAAAUAGUAUAUAUUUAUAUUUAUUUUCAAAUUAAUAACAUUAAAAUAACAAUUGAUAUUUCUGAAAACUUAAACAAUAUCCAUAACGAAAGAUUGAUCCACAGCAAGACCAAUGGUGUAUACCAGGAUGCCCAAUGUGACCAUGUCCACAGCCUUUAUAUCCACCUUUAAUUAAAUUAUAUUUUAUAUUAUAAAAUAGGUAAUAGUAUAUAAUAAAAUUAUUCAAAGAAUAUACCAGGCAUAAUUCCUCCACAUCCACAAGUAGCUUCUUUCUUACCACCACUUGAACAAAAUGUACAGCAAUGAUAGAUACCAAUAUGAGGUCUAAAUGUGUUCCUUGUAUCUUUACAAGAAUUUUCUGCAAAGUUAUU